AUGUUCGCCAAAAUUGCACUCGCCCUCUUCGCUCUUAGCAGCACUGCUUUGGCCUACUCCGACAACCGCUCCCCCAACCUAAGCGAAUGCUACGUCGGCAUCGCCAGAAUCGAUGUAAACGCGUACUACAACGACCAGCAAGAGUUCUCGCAGGGCAGCUGCUUCAUCAAGUACGCAACCAACGGCUCUGGCCAGCAGGCAGUGCGGGGUCAGGUUAUCAAGGACAAGGCCGAGUAUAUCUUGGCUCACUGUGGAAAGUCGCAUGGUAGCUAUGGAACUGGUAACUGUGAUAAGUGCCAUGUGACGGUUAACUACCGUAGCUAG